GACCAGCUUUGGGGAGCCACGGUUUUUUCCAAACUGGAUCUGCGCUCCGGAUACUGGCAGAUACGAAUGGCGGACAAUUCUAUCCACAAAAAUGCCUUCCGACUCGGUACGGGUCGUACGAGUAUCUGGUAAUGCCGUUCGGACUCACCAACGCACCGGCAACAUUCCAAGCCGAAAUGAACCACAUACUACGCCCACUCUUGGACGAAUGCAUGGUGGUGUACCUGGACGACAUCCUCAUCUACUCGUGCGACAUGCAACAGCACAUCCAACACCUGCGACGGGUCUUCGACAUUCUUCGACGAGAACGAUUCUACAUCAAACUAUCCAAGAGCAAAUGCGCCCUCGAGAAAGUCCAGUUCCUCGGGCACAUGGUGAACGCUCAAGGAAUUCACGUCGACCCCAAGAAGGUCGAAAUCGUACGCACGUGGAAGAUACCCAAGAAUGUGAAGGAGUUACAGCAGUUCCUAGGCUUCGCUAACUAUUACAACAGGUUCGUGCCACAGUACGCGAAAAUCGCAACACCACUCACGAAUCUACUGAAGAAGAACACGCCCUAUAAGUGGGAACCACAACAUCAGGAAGCCGUGGAGCAGCUGAACCAAGCACUCACGUCCGCACCCGUACUCAUCUUGCCAGACCCCGAACGCGACUACGAUAUCGAAGCUAACGCUAGUGACAAGGCAGUGGGAGCAACCUUGAUAAGACCAGGGGAAUGGACUGCAACCAAUCGCCUAUCUCAGCAAGAAACUACACGGGGCAGAAUUAAACUACCCGAUACACGACAAGGAGGCCCUUGCUAUAAAUCAUCGCCUUCAAAACCUACCUGGAAGAUUCACAACGCCAUCCAUGUCCAACUUCUGAAGCCAUAUCGAGAUCCUAACACGGUCUUCACCGGACGCCAACCCCCGCUGCCGCCGCCCGUCCUCAUCCACGAUGAACCCGAGUACGAGGUCGAGUCCGUGCUCGCACACCGUCGUCGUCGGAAUGGCGCUGUGGAGCUUCUCAUUCGUUGGAAGGGUUAUGAUCCUUCUGAGGAUAUUUGGGUUCCUGAAUUUGCAAUGAGUAACGCUCGACCCUGACUGUGUACUUCUUCUUAGAUUAUCUU